AGACUACCGCCCCAGGUAAUCACGUGACCGUUCUCACCAAGACACGUACGUCAAUGUAGGUUUACACCGACAGCCGUUGAUAACGGUAAAUAGUCAAUGACAUAUUUGAGGCCUACUACUGUAUUGUUUUACCACCAUGAAAUAACUUCUAUGAGGUGACCUACCAUGCAGUAAAGUUUAUUGUGAUUGAAGCCGGGGACCUGUAUUACCAGUACAUACUGACCCUGUGGUGAUGAUGAUUUGAAUUCUGGGUAUUCUGUGGAAUAACGUUAGUAGUAUCUUCAGUUUUCUCCCAAAAAGGUCAAGCUUCAGUGAUUUCGAUAUCUGGAGACACAACAACAAUAGUUCGGUGAGCCAAGCGAAUUGAUAUAGAUAUCAUUGACUACAUACGAAUACCGGUACAGCAAGAUAUAUCCUAGAAGUUGUGUCCUCUGUGUGUUCCUUCUUAUUGGAUAGUUGCACCUUUUGGACUGAAUUUGCCAUGUGGCGGAUGUGUGUGUCAAAAUAAUAUAGUGGUUUAGAAAGUUUAUAAAAUGCUAGGUCAUAUGUAACAACCUGUAUAGUUAUCGCUUCAUAAAUUAACUACACUCUAUUGAUCGGUACACCGCGGUAAACUAGGACGGCGACCAUGAUGGAUCGUCAUAGAAAUAGAUAGACGUUCAUCACCGGUAUUUCGUCUUCAUCGACUUUUAUACUUUCUCUGGAUUAUCUGUACCACAAAGAAAAUACUUUAAGAUGGCGUCGAAUCAGAUGAAGUUAUAUGAUAUAAAUGACAAUAAGAGAGAAGAUGUCGAAUACCACAGAACAGUGGAAGAAGGGCGGGCACCAGAUUCCUUUCCAUGUGGGCACGUGCUGUGUCAUCACUGUUUAAGAGAACAUGUGAAACCAAAGAUGACCAAGUUACAGUGUCCAGUUUGUAGUUCCAUCACGGAAUUACAAAAGCCUGUUGAUGGUGCUACUUUGGCGUGUGCCGAUUCAGAAAUUCCCAAUAUAACCUUGAUGUCAAAUUUCGACGAUAUCGUUAAAAAGUUUAAUGGUAUAAAUUAUACUUUACGCCGGCUAAAAGAAGAAAAUGUGCAGUCAAGGAGUAUGGCCAUGACAUAUACUAACAAUCAUUGUGAUUUAUGCCAUGAACAUCACGGUACCUUGAACGUUGUUCAAGAAUACAAUCAGCUUACAGUCAGUCACGAACGACCAAUUAAUUGGCAUCCGUAUUUCUAUCGUUUGAUGCAAGGGCAUGUUGUAACUACGUUCUAUAGUAAAGUCAAUACUGCUAGCAUUUGUGUACCGUGUUCAUAUAAAGAACUCCGGGACAGUCAACGUUUCAAAGAACUGGAAUAUAUGCCUGACAGGGAGGCAAUCUGCAGACCCGAAACCUGCUUAGCCGAAGUAGGAAAAAUCAUUGCUAGUGACAUUACCCCGGUUAUGUGUUUACAGGGUAAAAACGUCAUCGAAGUCGACCAUAAGAUUAGAGUUCGUGAGCGAGCAGACCGAUUCGAUUUCUUUGAUACGACUGAUCAGAUUGAACACAUGGUUAAACAACAGGAGAAAAGUUUGAUUAGAAUGGCGAAUAAACAAAUAGAGGAUACUGGUCGCUUAUAUCACAUCCAAGACAGCAGUGAAGUUGAAUACAAUAAAGACGAGACGUCGUUGUAAUACAUCAAUCAAUAGAUUUGCGAUAAGACAACUAUAAAUUAAUAUAAAAUAAAAAAGUGUGUUUAUAGUUACUAACGUUUUGCUAAUUUGACGCCAUGAUAUUCGAAGAAAAAGUGUGAAACCUCACUUGGAUAUGUAGACAAUUCUUAAAGAUUAAUAAGAAUUUGGCUAUUUAACCAUUGGAUUAUUAUCUCAAUCGAUAUAAAAGUGUUUCAAUUUGAAUGUAAACCAUUUCUGUAUACGUGAGCUAAUGUGUAUGGAAUAUCUAGACUGUUUAGAGAAGGCAUAUUAGUAGACUUUGUGUUAGUAUGAAGGCAUUGUUAAGACAGUGUCAUUCUCUUUUUGUGUGAACUUCGGGUGUUUCAAUAAUAAAACGUAGUGUUCUAUAUUCUUGCAGUGAAGGAUAUAACGCGAAUACGAAGGCCAAUGAAUAUUCUAUGCAGUAUGCAAGGCGGACAAUCUAAUGCUUUUAUAAUAGUUUCUGAAUAUGUUAUACAUGUACUGUUAUGUAUAUAUAGGAGUAUAUAAUACCGUGAUUUGAGAUUUUGCUUCAUAAAUAAUCUUGCAUAACAAUAGAUAACAGAAAUAUACAUCAGUUCCCAGUUCUAUCAAGAUAAAUCAAGGGACAUUGUUGUUAUUAAAUAUUUUCGUAUAGCUGUUGACGCUUUUUUUUAAAUAUUAGUGAGUCAACCAAUCCCCCGAGAUUCAAUACAUAAUUCAAUUUAAAGGACCCCUUUCACGUACAUGUAUGCACUGCACAAUACAAUUACACUGCUUUUUGUUCGGCUUGUCACUGGUUAAAGUUUCGGUCUAUUUAUCUAUUUAUAAAUAUAGAAUUGAAACUAAGUAAUUCCCUAAAUGGCAAUGUUCAGACAUUCCACAAUGAUCUCAAAGCACUAGAAACAUUUAAAUGAAAAAGUCAUUUAAGGCACAGCAAACCAGAUCUUUCCAUAAUCCAAAUUCAUACUAUAUUUUAAUGUAAAGGCUGUUGUUAUGUAUAUAAUGUAUAUAUAAGUAGGCAAGUCUAGCUAUCUGAUAAAACCUUAAUGAAGAAUGGACAGAUCUGUACGAAAGAGAAAUAAUUAUUAUUACUUUAUUUAUCGAAAAUCAUAAAUAUAUAGAAACCAACGUAAAUUUGAAAUGCCCAUAACAUACUUUUAAAUUAAUCGAUUUGAAUAAGUUUUGGACCAAAAUGUUUUAAAUACUAUUACUUUGUACAUAGUCUUAAACUCUAUAUUUAAACCUUAUUCUGCACAGGGGGCUUUUAAUAUAUAGGCCGAUACUUUAACGUAUUUGUGAAUGCCUUUGUUGUCAAUUGUUUGUAACAGUGGUUUAAGUUUCUUGUUUUCGUGCUGUGAAGUGUAUUUCGUUACGUAAGAAACCUAAAUCACGUUUUUCAAGAAUUCCAUCAUAAUAAUGUCGCAGACUGAUUAUACAUGUCAUUAGAAUGUAGAUAAUUACAGAUGACAAGAAAUAAUUAUAAAUCAAUAACGCGAUGAAUGUAACAUGAUGAAUAUUCCUAGAUAAAUUUAAAUAACAAAAUAUUGGUGUAAUUGUUCUAAAAUGCAUAUUAACCAACAACAAUCAGUCGGAUAGUAUAUGUUCUCCGCCAUCUGCAGACAAUUCUUGACAAUUUAAUAUUUGCAGGAAUUAUGAUUUUGUUGUUGUUUGUUUGUUUUUGUGAUGAAGCUUCAAUUUAACAAAAGAUCCAGUCCACCAGGGUUAUCAGUCGAGCACAUAUCCUGACUAAGCCCUUAUUAUGGUAUAGAAUUUACUAAAUUAAAAAUAUUAAUUGAUUAAUUACGACAUUCGCUGACAAUCUCAAAUAAAUUAUAGGAAUCUAAAGAAAAUAACUAUCCCGAUACAAUGUCAAGACCCAUCCAAUAUUUAAUAGUUGCGGUAGUUGCAGUCAUUCGAAAUUUGAGAAGAUGUGUGAACGUAUUGUGCUGCACUGAUAUUUACAAAUCAGAAUGUAUAAAUCGUAACGGUUAAACAAACACCGUCUUAAAUCGAAAAUUACAGAAAUAUAGGUAUAGCUAAGCUGACCACUUUCAGACCUAGGGCUAUAAUACAUGUCAUUAUAUCUAUAGUGAUUGACAUAGCCUACUGCAUAUAUCAACAAGAUGAAUUAACAUACCAAUCGUUUCCCAAUCAAGAUUAUAUAUACGAACUUGUUGAUACGUAUCAAUGUCGUCGGAUUAAAUUACUGGAGCGUGAUUACAUGUAGAUCAUACAUGUACUUUGCAUUCGCAAAGUGUUGUUUUUCGGUUUAGAUAAGAAAAGAGAGAGAAGGGGUGGGGGUGUUUUUCUUCCUAACCUGACACUGUAAAAUUCAUAAUUCUCUAUUCGAACUAUAAAUGAUAAACCCUUACCUGAGACAUGAAGCCAUUCGAUCUUUUAUUGAAACGCUUACCUGAGACGUUAUGGCAUUUGUAUCAAAAUUAAAAACAGUACCCCUUGUACUAGAUGUUCUCAUACUAUCCUGCAGACAUUUCGAAAUAUUUACUGGUAAUACUUGUUAUGGAUAUUAUAAAAUUAAUAUAGGGUAAAAAUCAGCAAAUUGUCUAUGUCUCAUUUAGCCUGCAUUGGUUUCUUUGUUUAUUUUUUCCCCCGAAAAACGGUAUUCAGCUUGGAUACCCUGUCCCAGAAUUAUAGAUCUGAUUUUAAAACGUGUAUUUCUCCAAUUUAAACAAAAUUAAAACGUUGCUGCAUUGGUAUCAAUAAUAAUAAAUAACAUUAACUGCGUUUAUUAAUUAUUGAUAUUAAUAUAAAUUUCACGAAGCUCUGUCUUUCUUCAAAUAGGUUGAAUGCAUAAUUUGGUGUAACUCUUUGUAAAUAAUAUGUAAAUAUGACUAAGAACCACUUGAUCUUAAAGCCAUCAAUGUAUAUACUUAUCCAUACCACGGUUUACCUAUAUACCACGCAGUGACCAUUAGUAAACAAAGUUGUUGAUGUCUAUAUAUUUUUGUAUUUUGCUCAAAAUACAUCUUGUUUUCUAGUAUGGCGAUUGUAGUUUUUUUAUUUCUAAGGUAGCUCACAUAUCAUAUUUUGAUAUUAUUUUGCUUUAGUCUCUGUUGUGUUGUAGAGCUUGUCUCAUCUUCAUUAGAUCUCCUUUGCUAACUUAUUAAAUAUAUAUAAUGUAGUAUAAUGUAAUAAUAUUAUGAUCUUUUUUUUUAAAUUACAGAUUAUAUUUAUAGUUUGAUAAUAGUUUGAUAUUCUCUAUUGAAACAUGAACUGUUAAUUUGUGAUGUUGAAUGGUGCCACGAUGUUGAAAGAGUAACAAAUAAUAUGCAGUGUAAAGUGUGUGUAGAUAGAAUUAUAUGAUUCCUGCUUGUGUUGUAUAUUAGGUUUAAUAGAUUUAACAGCACACAAGAGUGACCACAAUGUGAUAUGGUGCUUUUGGUUAUGCAUAAUAUAGAACACUGGGAUCAGUAGACCGGCAAUUAGUUGUCGUUACCCUUCUGCUGGAAACGAGGCGUACUAUUAGGCUGUUAUGUGGCUUCAUUCAGUGGGUGAGAAUGAAAGGAGUAGAAAUUUGUAUCGGGACAUAUUUAAGUGGUACAUGUAAAUUGAAACACCCGUGAAAAUUUUCGAAUAUUGAUAGAUUUGGAAAGUAAAUAAAAACAACACGUGACUGGUGUAAAUAUAGGUGUCACGAAGGAGUAAAAUUGCGAGAGAGAUGAGAUUUAAACAAAACAUUAAUGUUGGGGCGGAGGAGGGGGGGGGGCACACCCAUCAAAAAUGAACGAGAAUUAUUACAUCUACUCCCUUCAUUUUUAUUCCCAGAUUAAGACAUGCUGUUAUAGUGCGUUAUUUAACGUUCUGUUGUUAUUUCUUUUGUUACAUUUUUUAUUGUAUGUUUUGUUCACUCUUGACACUCAUUUCUAAUUGUUUAAUUUGUAAAUAUAUGAAAUACUAUCAAUGGCUUGGUGCAAAUGCUAUAUAUUUUUUGAUAUGUAGAGUGAAAUAAAAAUAAAUUGAUUUUCCCGAGA